CGGGCAGGGCGGUGGCUCCGCAGGAGGAAGGCUGUCCCGUGGGGCCGAGGUGGCGGCUGCUGCCGGGCUCGGCCAUGCGGGCGCCGCUCGGGGCUCCGCGGGGCUCAGCGUUACCCGCUUCCCUCCCUCCGCCGCCCCGGCAAGAACCAAAGCCAUGACCGCAGCGCCUCGGGGGCCAGAUCUCAGUUUUUUGAACGAGGAGGAAGCCAAAGCGAUUUUCCAGGUGCUGCAGAGAGACUCGGAGCUCCGGCGGGCUGAGAAGGACAGAGUCAGCAAACUUCUGAAGAGAAAGAAGUCUGAAAUAGGGCUGCAGGGAGUGACUGGAGAAUGGUUUGAAGAAAUACAAAAAAAAAAAUUUCAGGAUUACAUUGAUGUCAAUAAAAUGAUAAAAUCACCAUUAGAGCAUCAGCUAAGGAAGACCAAAAACACCAGUCACAAAGAAUUAAAAAUGUCAUCCCAUACAAAUCAUCAAGCACAAAAGAACACUUCAGCUUCCUUUCUGGGGUUCAGAUCACCUUUUGCUUGGCUUUUCUCCUUUAGAAAAUCAAGGAAAAACCAGGCUCAGAAGCAACCACGAUAUGACAGUUCUGCUAGCCCACCUGCGAAAGCGGAAGAAAUGGCAACGGCUGAAAUGUGUAAUUCCCCAAUGUCAGCUGAAACAAGUGGUCCUUCUUUUGAUGCAAACCAAAAUGAAGUGAUGGAGAAAAGUACACAGGAAUGGAAUGAACAGCUAGAGGAGGAAUUUUUCAGCAUUCUAAAUGAUCUAGAUGACCAGCUGGCCCAGGAACAAGCCAAAGACCCAUUGGACAGGACAGUUUCUACUGGCAGCGCAUCAAAUAUCCAAUACAGUAGUGUAUUCCCUACUUCAAAGAGGCAGACUGCUAAUAGGGAGCAACACAGAAAUGACUGGAGUGACAUACCUAGCAUGUUUUUCCCGGAUGGACUGAGAACAAUAAGAGCCAAAGAUGAACACAAGCUUUUCAUGAGACCAAGGAAACUACACAGUGCAUAUAUAAACUGGCACCAGACGGCCUUUCAAGAAGAUAGCAAAUAUGGUGAUACUGUUGAUGGAAAUCCUCAUCUGCUAAGCAAAAGGCUGUCUUCUGUUUCUUUUGGGCGAUCUUCAGAAGGUAGCUUAUAUCCUCCUUCUGUAACACAGAACAGCGGAUUUAGGCACAGGACUUGUAUGAACAGGGAUACAGCUGGCAGAAGUUACUCAGUAUGUUCCCUUCGGAGAUGUCCUUCAUCAGUAUCUUCUGACCAGCUAUCAGCAUCUGGUUUACAACAGCCAUUAGCAAGGGAGAGCAACAAUGGUUUUGUACCAAGGUUUGGUAGACAGAACCCAAAGAGAAUUCCUCUGUCUUCUAUUGUAUGGAACAACACAGCAGACUCUCCUGGACAAACUCAAGAAAAAAUGUUUAAAACCCAAUCACUGAUGGAGUUUCAUGCUACAGACCAUUGUAGGAAUUCUAGCUCUUUGCAAGAAACCAAGAAAUAUGCAUGUUACCACUCAAAACACCACUACAAAAGAUCUAUUUCAAGCAGUAAUUGCUUUAGUAGAGUCAGUAGCCCUGACAAAGCUACUUCUCCGUUGCCCUUUGAUAACUGGGAGAAUUAUCCAUUAUACAAAUCGGAAAGUAAUCUCUCUAGAUCCUACUGUAGAGAUGCUUCUCUUGGCAAAUUGUAUGCAAACCAAAAAAAUUCUUAUGGAAAAAAAGACAGCUAUUGUUCCUGGGCUGACAUUCCUCAGUACUACAGUGAUGAAGUAUUUAUUUCCCCUGAAGCCAGCUUUGACGUGAUUAUGGCUAAUUUAAAUGACCAGCAGUGGUCACAUGCAAAGAAUUCAAAAUUUGGUUCACAGUGCCUGCGUAACGAUCUUCAUGUAUAUUCUCCAGAAAAUGCACAUAUGAAAAGGAUAACAAGAAGUGCAAGUAGAACUUCUUCAGAAUUCAGUGAGGGCUGUCAGCCUUGGCUAAGUUGUAGCUCAGCAGUUUCUGGUAUCAGAAGUGAUGAGUCAGUCUUUCCUAAUUUGAAGGACCAAACAAAACCUAUAGGACUGAACAGGAAUUCAGUCGUCGUUACCCGACGAAACACUAAAGCAGACUUUGCACAACUAGAAGAUGCUGAAGGGAUGAAACUGUCAGAUGAAGACAUGCUGUUACAAUCACUUCCUCAGCAAGCAGAUACAAACUACAUUGAUACCCAGAGAUUUCCCUCUAACAGCCCUGCUUCUGCCAUGUGGCAAAGCGGUGCAUCUCUCUCUAACACAGUGAGAUCAAAGAGACAAACCCAAGCCGCUGCCAGAGGAGAUAUUGCAAAAAUGUAUACAUCAAAUGGUGAUAAAAGAAAUAUACAAAUGAAGGAAAAUGAUUGCCCACCCAACAGCAGUGUUUUCAGUCAGCCUCCCUGUAUUUUGCCAGCUGACAAGAGCAGGAAGGAACCUUUUCUUCCAAGCCGGAAAGAAUGGGAACAUAAUCUCCAUUAUGGAGCAAAAAGAGAGAGCAUCAAACAGGAUAAUCGGAGCACAGAAGCCAUUAAUCAAGCUACUCCAAAGAGACAGUCCUCCCUGCUGAAUGUUGCUUCUGCUCCAUCUACUGAAAAUUUAGCAAGCUCUCAAGACAUAUUGUCCUGUCCUCCUGAACGUUCACCUUGCUCCUCACAAAGCUCUCCAGAAGCACUUUCUCAUAAAGACAAUUCUAAAUGUUUAGGAACACGCUCUUCAGUAAAUUGCACAGUUACUGAAUCUCAAGCAAAAGCUGGAAAAUCAGCUGAAGUGAGCAGAAUAGGUGUUACCAAAAAGAUUUCACAGAGAACACUGCAAAAUACAAGCACUUUAAUUACUAAGGACUAUAAUGGACAAUUCACUACUAGUUCUCCACAAAUUGUAAGUUCUGGAAAUAUUUAUACACACAGCUUUGAUGGAGAUCCCAAGGCCUCUGAACAUAGUUUACGUUAUUUUUGCUUUGAAAAAGGAAGCGGAAAAAUAAGGGGUAAUUCACCCUGUGUCGAAAGGCUUCACAAGCAAGAUAGCUUGCUGAAACAUAGCAGUAGCUGCAGCAUUACUGGCUCCCCUAGAAGAAACAGCCUCAAAUCUCCUGACCCACUUGUUAUUUAUUACACUUUGCCUAGAAAAUCAGCUAGCAUUGCUGGUAGCAUUACAUCAGGUACACCCAUCUCUUUACCUAGAGAAAGCAGAACAAGGUGCGAUUGUUUAGGGUCUGAAACUGCAUGUAGGAACAAUGCCUUUUGUUCUAAUCAAAGAGAUGUGUCUUGUUUAGAAUCAAACCAUUCGUUUUUAACAGCAGCAUCACUAAAUGCUGCUACAAGUAACAAAGUCUACCCCAGUCCUUUAACCAAAAGCCCUAGCGAUUCAGUAUGUCGUAGCACAUCAGCUGAACUGACAGACAGAUGUAAACAUCUAAGCAGAAGAGAAUCCUGUGAGUUUUCAGAUUGUAAGGAGACGGGAAAUUUUUUGCAGAAAUUUAAAACUACAAGCACGUUUACAGUUUGUGUUGAUGAAGAUCAUAUAAAGUACCAUGAACUAGUUUCAAUUUAUUACACCUUACCACGGAGGCACUCAAGGACAUUCUGUAACCUCUUUAGAGAUAAGCAAGAGGAUGCAGAUUUACCUUGCCCCAAAGAAAAUGCUCAGUCACCAAGAAUACGAAACAAGAAAAAUGAAGGUCAUGUGAGUUUAGCAAAUGUUUUUUUCCCCAGUAAUUUGGAAAAAGAGGUGCCUUCAUAUUCUACUUCAGCUCUGGUUACAUCUCAGAACUUAGGAACUGCUGCUGAUAGUGAAGAAGAGAAUUCCCACUUACCUCCUGGCUCUGAGAAGAUAUGUCCUUCAAAGUCAGUGAGUAUGGUACAUAAUAGGAAAGACAGUUCAGCAGGUCUUCCAUUAGCAGAAAAUGUGCUAUCUGACAUGGUGACAAAAGAAAUUUCAUUUGGUGGUCCACAAGCCACUGCAAUAGCGACUAAGUCAGGUAAGGCUAUUUCUGCUGCUUCAAGCAGCCAAAGUACAGAAGUAUAUCUAAAAGAAAAGAAGGAAAUUGUACAAACAGCCACACCACUAGUGUCCACUUUAUCAACCCCUCCCAAGCCAGGCAGACGUUUAGUCAAUCCUUUAUGUUCUACUUCAACAAAUAAAAGUAGUAUGCAGAAGGGAAACUCUGAAAAAGGGUGUCAGCCCCCUAAACUGAACACCACUAAAAAUCUGAACAGUUUACUCCUCCACCCAGGCAAAAAGAGUUCCCUUGGGAGGAACAGUAACACAGAGUGUGCUGAUGUGCUGCUUUCUCCUGCAGAAGACAGGCACAGGGAUGGUACCGAAGUCAAACAGAGAGUAAAUCUCCUACACCAAAACACCCGUCUGUAUAAUAAUAAAUUUAGUGGGCUGCAAUUAAGGGCUGACAGUUCAAGAAAAAAUGCAAAUAAUUUAAACUCUUGUAGCAAAGUGCUUUCAGAGUCUCAGAACAAAGCAGCUGUGGUAAACACAGCUUCCAACACUGAUCCAUUACAACAGCUAGAUGAAGUGUUUAGCACAGAUACAGAUAAGUUAAAGAAUUCAAGAAUUAAAAAAGAGCAAAUCCCAGUGAUUACUCAGAUGGGUACGGAUUGUAGUGGUUUGCAGGAAUCAGAGAGGCACAGUGAAGGCAGCCUCAAUGUUAACUGUAAAGAUAAAGUCCUCAGGGUUACACAAGAUCAGAAGUUAACAGAGAGUGCAGGAGAUGAGAACAAGUUUCUCUCUGACUGCACAAGAGACAAAGUCAAAGAUAUAGAAAAAAGAAAAAACAGGUCUUCAAUUAAAAAUAAGCUGGCAGCUGUUUACAAAACAAGUCGAAAAUUUUCAAGUAAAAAUUUACCCCCCAAACCGCACAUCAGUAACAUUUUUUCACAGAACGAUGGAAGUGCCACUUCUUUAGAAGCAGACCUGCCCCUUGACUCAUUGAUUUCAAUGGAUUCCCAUCAGCCAUUCCUACAAUUGGACAAUGAAAAUCAGAAUCACAGUUUAGAUCCUAACAAGAACACAUUAAGACCAAGAACAACUGAGAAUAAGAAGAAUGAAAAUCAGAAUGAUCCUUCUUUGCUUGUUAAUAACACCAAUUGGAGGUCUUUUACAAGCUCAUACACCCAGAAGGAAGCUAUCAGUCCUAAAAAAACUACCAUGAAAGUGGAAAAUAGGCCAAGUCUUACAACCCUAUUUCCAGAUAAAGCAGUAACCACAAGAAAUAAGAAUUCCCAAACUUUUGAACUCAAGGUAGAAAGCAAAAGCCAGCCCGUCUCUCCAAGUGCUACUACAUUAGAACCACUGGAUGAUGAGAAAAGAAGAGCAAGCAGUCGUGCCUGCAGUCCUCCCUUACCACUUCUAACUGACAAAAACUCAAACACAUACAUAAAUAGCUGCUUGCAGGAAGACAUAUGUCCAGAGCAAAACUUCACUUCCCAGGCAGCGCUCGGCCAGUGGCAAAAUAUGCCUCAAUCUGCUAGCUUAAAAAAUGCUAACUUGCAUAGCUAUCAGUUGCACAAGAGUCAUGCCAAAAGUCAGCGUGAGCGUCACCUUUCUGAGAGUAUUUGUGCUCGAGAUUCCCAUGAGACUUUUGCCUUGGGAAGCAAUAUUCUAGCAAAAGAUGGUAUACGUGGGAAGAGAUUUAAAUCUUACUCGGAGCUGUUGUCUUGUGAUGAAAAUGAAAACUGGGCAUCGGACAAUGAAAAAUGUCACAGCACUAGAAAUCUCAUGUAUCCAUCUGUUGAAUUUGGUAUAUUUGGCAAAGAACAACAGUUGGCUUUCCUGCAAAAUAUCAAGAGGUCACUCACAGAAGGGCGAUUAUGGAGACCUUGUCUUCUUAAUAACCCUGGUGCUUUCAGAGAUGAGGAGAAUCCUAUAAACAGGGCUGAGCUUUUGAGCUCAAGUUCUGCUGGGAGCAAAAUGUCAUCAACUGCUUCAUCCCCCCGAGAGCCAACUGAUAUCUAUCAGGAAGACCCAGCAGCUUAUUCAGACUCAGACAGUGAUACCACCACUGAUGAUGAAUACUACCUAGAUGAGAUAGAUAAAGAAUCAGAGCUUUGAAAGGCUCAUGGUACUAAGAUGGCAUGACAGCUCAGUUGGUUCUGUGCAGGCAAAAACAUGUAAAAUACUUCGAGCCAGUUCUUGUGCUGCUAUAAAUUGUUACAACUUCAUUAGUUUUAAAGCUAGUAUGUUUGUUAGCUGAGCACUUGACCUUUGUUAAGUAUGUGGCUUCACCAUAGCUGUUACUCCUAGCAGGGAAAAAGAAUGUUAAAAAAAUCCCCUCCCAAAAUAAUAGAAGAUAAACGACUGUGGGGCUUUGGAUGGUGUAAAUCCAGAGAUGGCUUUCUUCUGAGUCAGCAAGCAGUGGCUUAUGCUCCUGGCAGCUACACAGUGCUGGAAUGGAUAAAUUCUCACUUGAACUACUUUUUCUUAUGAGGCUUAACAGGAAACCAAGAGGCAACUUUGCCGAUAAAUUGAUGUUCCUCCAAUUUCCCUCAUUUACCAGAUCAAGCACAAUAAUGCCAGUCCAUGCCACCCAACAAACGCUCCUACAAAACAAAACCUGUUCAAAUUUUACAGUGUAUUCUGUGUGAAUGUUGUUUUUCGACAUUCCUGGGAAGCGCAGCAGAGGGGUUUGUUCUGCCAUGUGGAUUCCACAUUGAGAUUUUUCUCCUCAGCGGUGCAAAAGCAGCAAGCAGUGUGAGUUACGUAAGUGCAUGGAAAACAACUCAGCAACGGGCACUGCAGUGGGAAACUCAAGAGAAUUGCUGAGGAUGUUAAGAAACAGCUGAUCGUGGAAAUCUGCUUUUCAGACAUUGGAGGUUCACAACCAACACAGCUUUGGUUACAGUUGAGAUGGAACAGCCAUAUUUCUGCCUUUGAUUUAGGAACAGGUUAAUUUGGAUUAAUAACCAAGACUUUAAACGAUGCAAAAUGUAAAAAGUUUUACCCUAUAUUUUUUCUAUAUAAACCUUAUAGGUUGAAAUCUAAGUUGUCCUAACAAUGGGAAGACCAACAUAACCAAUGCAGUUUGUUACAUCCCUGAUUUCUCUGGCUGCCUCCGCACUGGGCUGGUCCUGGGCUGAGGCACCUGCAGCUGCUGAGCUCCUUCAAGACAGCACCACAUGAAGCAGCCCGAGAGGACACUUGGCCAGGUUGCAGCGGCGCCAUUCCAGCUGGCAGGUUUUUUACGUACAAAGUAAAUAAAACCAGUAAGAAAUGCUCUUUGCCUUUUGCUAAAUUACUGCCCCAUUUGGGUAUUUUUCAACCAUUCCUGCUGUCACUGAUGUUAUUUUUAUCCUUCAAACUGAAUGACUGUAAACAUUUUCUAGUGGGAUGUCUCUGCCCUUGACAGGGGUUUUGGAACUAGAUGAUCUUUAAGGUCCCUUCCAGCCCAAACUAUUUGAUGAUUCUAUGAUUCUGUUUUCCGGUGGCGUUUCUUCAGCCACACUAGUAAUGUAGUAUUAUUGCUCAGUAGCCAAAACUUAUCCCUGGCUAUUCAAUUUCUAACUAAGCUUUGAUCUCUUUUUAUUCAAAAUCAGAAGUGGCUCACUGAGCCAGAAGAUAGUAUUUUUAAAUAAUUAUACAUUUACUUCUACUUUAUUUCUAAUUUCAAAUGUGGUAAAUAAUGAUGAUCCAUAUUUUUUAUACACUUCUUAAUUCAAUAAAAUUUCUGUAGGGCAGUAUUAUAUUUUUGUAACUGGAAGGACAGUAUACUGGUAUUUUGAAAUAAUAUAUUUUACAUGAAACGAGCACUGCUUGUGACACUGACUACUCCACAAGAAACUAAAAGAUGGAAAUAUUAUAGUAGGUAACUGGUAUCCUUAUUUUUUUUAUACUGUAAACUUCGUUAAAGAAGUGGGUCUAUAGUUCAAAUCUGUACCGAUAUGUAAGUGUUGUUACUUUGUACAGGGGGGAUUUGUCUUUUGUUGUACGUGGAAAGACUAAUAUAAACUAUGUAUUUAUAGUCAGAAUUGAUCUCUAUGCCAUGACUGGUUUGGAAGGAUAUAAGGAUAAGGAUAUAUGUGCUGACAUAUAGAAUGAUGUAAGGAAAUGCCUGCUGUAUCAUUGUAACUAUGUAAUAUGAGAUAUUCAAAGGAGAAGUAGUGAUUUUCUGAAAACGCUUUAUUCUACGUGUACAGGAUUCUGUAGAGUAUGACAAUAAUAUCAGCUGAGGGUCAACGAGGAAUUGCUGCUGCUGUACAUUUCUGCAAAAUGUUUUAAACCAAAAAUUGGGAAUACCAGCCUACAUAAGGUAAAGAAUAAUCAAAUAAAUGUUUACAAGGGAAGCAGGUGGUCUUCCAGUUUUUAUUGACUAGAAGUGGAUAGUUUAGAACAUUUGUAUCUGCAAAUAUUUUCUACCUGUUAACAGAAGUUGGAUAAAGUUCUCACCUUGGCGGCAUAAUUUGUUUUUUCAUUUGCUAUGCUGUGUAUGUACAGGAAAGCGACUGACUUGAUUUCAUGUAAGCAGGUGAAAACUGCUUUCGGUCAUAAAUCAAAAAGUGGAAGACAUAAAGUUGUGGAAGACAGCAGCCUGUUGAGGAUCUGUAAACUAAUAUUUCCGCUGAAUAAUGGAAUUCUUUAAGAAGGUCAACUGCAUGAAAAUAUAGGGAGAGAUACCCUUUGAAUAGCGAUCGGCUCUGUUCAGUUAAGCAGAGCCAGAUUUUGAUACCUUUGGUCUUCCAGGCUUUUUCUUGCAAAACUAUAUUCUGUAACUGUUCGUAAUGUAUAGGAUUUUCAUAUUUAAAAGUAUUUGUUCAGA